UCACUUUCGAGCUCACCACCACUCUUUCCACAUCCCACUCCCUCUGUGUUCUCCAAGCAUGCUUUUCUCUGCCAAAGUCAUUCUUCUCUCUUUCGCCUCCGCUGUCUUUGCUGGUACCGUCCAUGACAACAGCCUCAAGAGGCACUUGAAGAGCCGUCUUUCAAGUCCAACACUUGAAGCACGCUCCGAGUCCGUUGAAGCUUACUACGGGUUCCAGAAUAGCACCCUCACUGCCUGCGGUGUAUAUUUCAACGAUACUGACUAUAUCAUUGGAUUGAGUUCCGAGUAUGUGACCGCCGACUACACUAAUAACUGCGGCAGGUCGGUUAUUGUCUCCCUGACCGACGACAAUUCUACUUCCAUCGAGGUCACCGUCGGCGAUUCGUCCGAGAAUGAUGCCUACCUCUCUGUUGCUGCCUUCGAAGCCCUGGCAGGAUCGCUCGAUGCGGGAAUUUUGAACAUCACCUGGUCAUUCAUUGACGAAGUCACCGCGACCGUAUCUUCUGCGUCUACUGAAGCAUCCAGUGCUUGAGUGUUCCUGAUAUUUGUUAUCGUAUCGCGUAAAAGGAUUUAGGGAUGGACUUGCAUAUAGUUUCGGGACUU